UGAAUUAACUACCGAGUCUUUGUAUUUUUUUGCGACGGCAACUCUGCAUUGCUCGUUAUGGAUUUUUUCGCGCCGGCGCGAAACGUGUUUGCUCUCAACUUGCUUUUUAUUUCUACGAGCUCUAUACAUUUUAAUUAUGAUUCCUGGUUCGCAUAAUGGCGUUGUAUUAGCUAUUUAAUUAACUUUAGUGAAGCAAACAUGUAUUUGUAGAGAUGUGCAUUCAUUGAUAUCGUCGAAUGAAAAUGUGUGUGGAGGUGUAGUGUAUAUCGGUCUCGAAUUUAGAGAAGUGUGCUCGAUAAGAUGGGAUCUAUCGUGUUGAAAAGUUUAUCUGUCCUUUUGGGCGUGUUUUUUAUAUUCGUCGGAAUAACUAAAUUAACACCGUUUAUAUCCAAGGAAUUACACAAGGAUUUGAGAAAGGAGUAUGUGAGAUACGCGAAAGUCUUUCCUCUGUCCGAGACAUUCGACUUCAAGCUACCUUCGAAAUGGUACAGGAGAUCCGUGGGCGGGCUCGAGAUACUGUUCGGGCUUGCUCUGGCCAUAAUACCUAGCCAUAAAAUAAAGAAUACAGCCAACAUAGGCCUGGUGCUGCUUAUGAUCCUGGCAGCGUACUCUCACGUGAUGGUGGGGGAUCCCUUCGACCGCUGCGCGCCUGCGCUCGUGUUCUUCUUCAUGCUCAGUGGAAGACUCGUUGUUUGGUACCAAACCAGUCGCCGCGAGGAAUUGGAGAGGGCUGCGGCGACCCAGAACGGGAAUGGACUGAAGAAGGAUUAAACCAAUUUUUAUACAAUUGGUACUUUCAUAGUUCUAGAGUUAAGCGAUAGCCGUUACCAAUUAUACUCUUAACACCAGGGUUUCAAUUUUAUAAGGAUAUUGUGACAUCCAAAGAUGUUUUCCAAGUGAGUACCUCGUAGAAACCUGGAAUGUGUAGGUUGUUAAAGCUAUAAAAGGGCAUUGUUUCGAUUGCGUUGUAUUACAAUCACUACUGUGAUUUCUUGCUAGUCAACUUAGCCAAAUUUUGUAUGUAUAUCAUUGUUUAUAGUAACGCGAUUUAAUACCUUGUUUUAUCAGUUCCUCCGGGCAGCGACGGCCUCAGGACAAUCAUUGUUUGAUGAAUUUAUACUUAAAAGUGAUAUUAAUUUAAGCGAUAUUUGAUAGGUUCAUUUUGUAUGUGUGGACGUGGGUCGACGGGAAGUAUGUAACUUAUGUAUGCUAGGUCCAAAGUAACUGCCACUGUAUAUGCAUAGGUAUAGAUUAACUGCACCAAUAGAUGGAUAAUCGUAUUUUACACGCACGUAUAUUUUAUAUCGUACCCAACUUGCUCAAUAUUAGGAAACGCAAUACGACAGCUGUUAAUGAGCACACCUAUUUUUCAGAUCGCGGGUAUUGUCAACAUUAGACAAUUUUUUUGUAAUUACAUUAGAUACCUAUGAUGUUACAAGUCAUUUUAAAACAAGUAAGCUUGUAUAAUUUUAUCUCGAAUUUGACAUUUAAUCGCAAUAAUUUUAAAUAUAAUUUAUCUAUGUGAUGUGUGUUUGGAGUGUGAUGUCUGUGAAUAAAUGGAAACUAAAAAAUA